ACUAUUUAUUAUACAGGUACAUCAGUACCCAUAUAAUCUUUCCUCUACAAUUAAUACUUUCACAACACACAAGUCUGUCGAUUCUUUUGUGUGCCAGAAAGCAACAUUUCUCUAUAUAUUCAUCACUGUCAUUGCACAGCAGCUGCUUAGCUGGGUGCAAUGCCGAUCAGCCGGGCUGGUUUGGUAUUUUUCAUAUUGUGUUCGCGAGUGAUCUUUAAUGUUGCUGCGGAGACAAGCAAAGAACAGGAGCUGGAUCGAAUAACGUCGCUCCCUGGCCAGCCACCGGUGAAGUUCUCACAAUUUUCUGGCUACGUUACUGUCGAUGAGCAGGAAGGGCGAGCUCUGUUCUACUGGUUGACAGAAGCUACUGGCAAUUCUCUCAACAAACCUCUUGUUCUUUGGCUUAAUGGAGGUCCAGGUUGUUCAUCAGUAGCAUAUGGAGCUUCCGAGGAAAUCGGGCCAUUCCGUGUAAACAAAACCGCUUCCUCUCUCUAUCUUAACAAGCAUUCAUGGAACAGAGACGCGAAUAUCCUGUUUCUUGAAUCACCUGCUGGUGUUGGAUUCUCGUACUCAAAUACAAGCUCAAAUUUACUGGACUCAGGGGAUAAGAGGACAGCUCAGGAUGCUCUGGUUUUCCUCAUAAAGUGGAUGUCCAGAUUUCCACAGUACAAACAUAGAGAGUUUUACAUAUCCGGGGAGAGUUAUGCAGGGCACUAUGUUCCUCAGUUAGCAGAGAAAAUUUAUGACUAUAACAAAGCCACUUCCCAGCCGGCCAUUAACCUUAAAGGAUUUAUUGUGGGAAAUGCUGUAACAGACAAUUACUACGACAACAUUGGUACAGUUUCAUAUUGGUGGACUCAUUCGGUGAUAUCGGAUGCUACAUAUAAAUGGAUUAUGAAAUCGUGUGAUUUUAAAGCGGAUAAAUCUUCUAAAGAGUGUGAUAAAGCGGUGUCUUAUGCAUUGGACUAUGAGUUCGGUGACAUUGAUCCGUACAGCAUCUACACGCCGUUUUGUAAGCCGAAUAAUAGCUCUGCAGGAAGUUUAAGGCUGAAGAACACUCUUCUGCGUCGACGAGCUUCUGGAUAUGAUCCCUGUACUGAAAAUUAUGCUGAGAUAUACUAUAACCGACCAGAUGUUCAAAGAGCUUUGCAUGCCAAUUCUACUGGCAUUCCAUAUAAAUGGACUGCUUGCAGCGAUAUCUUGAUAAGGAACUGGAAUGAUAGCGCGACGUCAAUGAUACCCACGUACAAGAAGCUGAUUGCAGGUGGUCUCAGAAUAUGGAUUUUCAGCGGCGACACAGAUUCAGUAGUUCCGGUGACAGCAACUAGAUUUGCUCUCAGCCAUAUGAAUCUCACGGUUCAGACUCGUUGGUAUCCAUGGUAUACAGGUGGCCAGGUAGGAGGAUGGACAGAAGUGUAUGAUGGACUGACAUUUGCCACAGUGAGAGGAGCUGGGCAUGAAGUCCCUCUGUUUGAGCCCAAGAGAGCUUUGAUUAUGUUUCAAACGUUCUUGGGCGGCAAACGUUUACCAUCCAAGUCAUAACCAUAUUGUGAAAUUCAAAUGUUUUCAAGAGUAAGAAUGUUGGGUUAUUUGCGGUAUGUGCGAGAUCUGGGAACGAAUUCACCGCGGUAAGGGAGUACAAGCGGUUACUAGCAUAAAAUUUCAGAAUUCCAACCAAGUUGGGUGAGUAUGACUAGCUAGUAUAGAGAUCAUUCUUUUACAUUGGAAUUAUUAUAGUCGUCUACUAAUUGGUAGUAUUGUUUGUACGUAACACACUUUGGAUUCAAUUCAAAGCUAUAUUUCUAAUUCAGACAAUGAGACAAGUAAAUGUCGUAUGUUCGAAAUAA